UCCGAAAUUUCGGAUCGAUAUUUCGUGUGAUUCGUACCAUGAAAAACGUUCAUUCCGAAAUCGUGCCCGAAUACGGAGAAUAGCUUUUCUAUCGUCCCAAAUCGUACCAUGAAGUAUCCGUUCGUACGUAAUUUUGACGUUUUGACAGCACGUUUAUCGUGAUUUAAAGCGCGAAGUAGACGAAACCUAAAUAGUUAACUUUUUACUUUCGUAAGUAUGAAUUUUACAUAUAUAAGUGCUGUAAUAUAUAAAAAAGUGAUUAAUUAAUAAUUCUGUUAAUGUGUUACAGUGAAUAAUGUGAUAAAAGUUAAACUAAUUAGUGUUUUUAAAUAUUAUUGUGUUCAACAUAACCUACAACUUUGCAUUACUUUAUUUUGAUGUUUUAGUUUCAUUAUGGCAAGAUUAGCAGGAAUUUUAGAAGCCCUCAAUGAAGAAAAAAUUGAAAGACGCAGGAUUAAACGAAAAAUGCGUAAAAGGUACCUCCAAAGAUCCAUCCCAGACUUCGAGUUUGUAUCUAAAUACAGACUCAGUCGGGAACUCUUCGAGGAUCUAUGUCAGGAUGUGGUACCAUUAUUAUCCCUGCCUAAAAAUAGUCGAGCAAUCGAUCCAAUAACCAAAAUUCUCACUGCAUUAAAUUUUUAUGCCAGUGGUUGCUACCAGGGUGCAGUCGGACAAAAUUUAGACACCCCUAUGGCGCAGCAGUCUGUCUCAAACUGCAUCAGGGAUGUAACAGAUGCCCUAAAUACACCCUUUAUACUGAGGAAAUAUAUAAGAUUUCCUCAGUCCAGGGAAGACAGGAACGUUUUGAAGAGAAAUUUUGCCACACAGUAUGGUAUUCCUGGUGUUAUAGGAUGUAUCGACUGCACCCAUGUAGCUAUUAUUCGGCCAACAACCAAUGAGGAGAGAUUUUUCAAUCGAAAACAUUACCACUCUUUGAAUGUUCAAGUUAUUGCUGACAGUAAUUUAAAAAUUUUAAAUAUUGACGCCUCUUACGGUGGCGCCACUCAUGAUGCUUUCAUUUGGGAGCAUAAUGAGAUCAAAGAUCAUUUGGAGAGUCUUCAAGGAGAAACAACCUAUUUGCUGGGUGAUUCAGGGUAUCCUUUAAGGGUAUACCUUAUGACACCCUAUGAAAACGCUGUUGAGGACUCUCCUGAGGAUAGAUACAAUUCCCGGCAUAAGCGCACCCGCAAUACUGUAGAACGCGUCUUUGGAAUAUUAAAAAGUCGUUGGAGAUGCCUUCUUGCAGCUAGAGAACUGCAUUAUGCUCCAAGAGCAGCAGGAAGAAUUAGUAUUGCUUGUGCUGUUUUACACAAUAUGUGUAUAGACCAAAAUUUGACGACUCCAGAUUUGUCAUCUGAAGAGAUAAACAAUGAGUCAGCCCGGCAACCUUCAGCUACAGUGUGGCAUCAAUCAUCCACUGCUGCACUUGAUCGAGGGAGAACAGCUAGAAAUUCUUUAAUACAGCUGCUUGAGCAAUCUAGAUAGAAACAUUCAAAUAUUAGGUAUAUACAAAUUAGAAGUUAAAGCAUUACUUAUUUACAAAAUUAAAAACUUUUUAAAAUAA